AUGGCAGCAGAUCAAGGGGGCGUCACCUGGGCCGUGUUCUCAUUGAUGCUAGGCUCGCGCAACUUAUCAGAUAUGUGUUUGAAGAUAUACUUUUCAGAUGAUUACAGUGUGGCUGAGUAUAUCAUUUUCAAUACAGUUCUCUACUUUCUAUGCCCUGUCUCAGAUGAGCUCCAAGACAAGUUCUCCGACGCACGAUAUCUGUACGCUGAGAAUAUCAAGUCUGCGCUGACAACCCUUUCGUUGUACAUCAACCCAACCAAGGACAUGGUUCUUGCCUUGGUCCUAGGUGCGGUAUUUUCAAUAGAAACCUCCAACCCACACCAGGCCUGUGUGUUGAUAACCGCAGCAUAUCAAGCAGCCCAAGCUCUUGGAUAUCAUACAAGACAGGGCGGAACAACUGAGGGCAGAGUGGACCUCAGUAACUCUGGAGUGAUCUUCUGGGUAAUUUACUGCCUUGAAAAGUCUUUGUCGCUCCGCCUUGGACGGUGUUCCAUAAUACAGAGAUAUGACAUAUCUCUUCCCCUUCCUGGGGAUGACCAAGCUUCGCCAACAGCUAUCAUGAGAUAUUGCAAAGUCACCAUUCAGCUCUCUGAUCUCUCAGCUAGAGUGUACAGCAGCCUUUAUUCACUGCAGUCGCUAAACGACACGGAUCAAGUGAGGAUAUCGAAGGCCCUGGAAUUGUAUGAAGAGCUGAAGGGUAUUAAACGCGAGCGAGAGAGUAUAAAGGCAAGUAGACUAAUGAAUCCUUUGAACAACGUUCCGUUGAGCCUCCUCCCGCCCAAACGCACUCUAUUAAUACUGAAACAACACCAUACCCCUAACCCCUGGCCUAAGAAAGAGACACAGGAAUGA